CUCCACUGAGUUUGCUAAUAAAUCAACGAAAAAAAAUGUUACAUGUUAUAAAGAGACUAUUUCGGGCUCUUUUUCACGUCUGUCGGUAACUAUGCAACCGCACAGCGCACAGAACAGCUUCUUCACGCCUACGUGCACUGCUGAGUUCGUGACGUAACGUAGCCGCGUUUGUUACGUGCGCGCCCCCGAUGCAAAAGACGGUAUCCUGAGGGAAAGAUGGCCGCGUCCGUUUGCCGAAUCGGUGGCACAGUGGGGAGAGCCUUCGUCAGAGCUCGAAACCCCACUGUGCUGGCUCUGAGGCGUGGAAAGGUGAGCGUUUCAUAUGCACAGAGCCUUCUGGGAAUUCCAGAGACCCGCCUCACCACCCUGGAAAAUGGAUUAAGGGUUGCAUCUGAGGAGACCGGACAGGCCACCUGCACUGUGGGCCUGUGGCUCAACUGCGGGAGUCGCUAUGAGUCAGAGAGGACCAAUGGAGCCAGUUUUUUCCUGGAGCACAUGGCCUUUAAGGGGACAAAGAAGUUCCCCCAGUCUGCCCUUGAGCAGGAAGUGGAGUCCAUGGGUGCCCAUCUUAGUGCCUACACUUCCCGUGAGCGAACUGCUUUCUACAUGAAGAUUCUGGCCAAAGACCUUGCCAAAGCGGUGGAAUUGCUGUCUGAGGUGGUGCAGAACAACAUUCUGAGUGAUUCAGACCUGGAGUGCCAGCGUGGUGUCCUUCUGCGUGAGCUGGAUGAGGUGGAAGGUAACCUGCAGGAGGUUUGCCUGGACCUCUUACAUGCCACUGCCUACCAGGGUACACCGCUGAGCCAGAGUGCGCUGGGUCCAUCACACAAUGUCAGGACUCUGACCCGCCAGGACUUGGUGGACUUCAUGAACACCCACUACAAAGCACCUCGUAUGGUGCUAGCUGCGGCUGGAGGUGUGCACCAUAAUGAGCUGGUGUCACUGGCCACAAAACACUUUGGCAGCCUGUCAUCUGAGUAUGAGGGGGAUGCUGUGCCAGUGCUUUUGCCCUGCCGCUUCACAGGGAGUGAGAUUCGCAUGAGGGAUGAUGCCCUGCCUCAGGCUCAUGUUGCCAUUGCUGUGGAAGGUGCUGGUGCCAACAACCCAGAUAUAAUCCCCCUCAUGGUGGGCAAUGCCAUUAUUGGCAGCUGUGACAUCACAUGCAAUGGAGAAAAGAACUUGAGCAGCCGUAUGGCACGCAUAUCUAUGACAGAGAAGCUCUGCCACAGCUAUCAGGCCUUCCAUACCACGUACAGCGACACCGGGCUGCUGGGCAUCUACUUUGUCACAGACAAGCACCACAUCGAUGACAUGAUGCUCCUGGUGCUGGACACCUGGAUGAACCUGUGCACAACAGUGACAGAAAGUGAUGUGGAGAGGGCUAAGAAUGCGCUGAAGGCCAGCUUUGUGGGCCAACUGGAUGGAACGACACCUGUUUGUGAGGACAUUGGGAGACACGUCCUCGACUAUGGGCAACGCAUUACACUAGCCGAGUGGAAUGCCCAGAUAGAUAUGGUGACCCCAAAGAUGGUGCGAGACGUAUGUUCCAAAUACAUCUAUGACAAGUGUCCUGCGGUGGCUGGCGUCGGUCCCAUCGAGCAGCUGCCUGACUAUAACAGAGUUCGCAGUGGCAUGUACUGGCUCCGCUUCUAAACCGCCGUGUGGAGACGUGAGGGCUCUGUGGGAAGUGGCCCCAUCAUCUUUUCGCCUCUUUACUCAGAUCCUUCCACCUUUUCCCUUCCAUUGCACCAUGGCACAUGCCUUCGGGGUGGAGGACCGAUUCCCCCCUCAUUAUUGCAUUGUGUGUUUCUCUCCAUCUGCCACAGAUAAACUUUUGGGUUCAUCACGUUAGUUUAGUCACAUUGCAUCGGCAAAUAGAUUGUGUGGCAAAGUAUUUAUGGUAGUUUUGUGUUUUUCAGAGAAAGGUUUUGCAUCAUGUGAACUGAUUCCUGAUACAUGGGAUUUAGAUGUUAAAACUUUGUUUGUGGUUUGUACUGAAGGCUGGAUUGACCACACAUGUAAUGGUAACGGUAAAAUUCAUGCAAUAGAGGACAGGGAAGGGUUUGUGUUGGUUUCUCUACUACUGUAAAUAUGAGACUCAGUUCAAAGGUAAAAAAAAUAAAAUGUGAAAAAAA